GCCGGAGCGACAGCAGGCGAGCAAGAUGGCGCAGACUCAGGGCACCCGGAGGAAAGUCUGUUACUACGACGACGACGGGGAGGUUGGAAGUUACUAUUAUGGACAAGGCCACCCAAUGAAACCUCACCGAAUCCGCAUGACUCACAAUUUGCUACUUAACUAUGGUCUCUACCGAAACAUGGAAAUCUAUCGUCCUCACAAAUCCAAUGCUGAGGAGAUGACCAAGUAUCACAGCGAUGAUUGCAUAAAAUUCUUGUGCUCCAUCCGCCCAGAUAACAUGUCUGAAUACAGCAAGCAUAUGCAGAGAUUCAACGUUGGUGAAGACUGUCCGGUAUUUGAUGGCCUGUUUGAGUUCUGUCAGCUAUCUACUGGUGGCUCUGUGGCAAGUGCUGUGAAAGUUAAUAAGCAGCAGACGGACAUCGCUGUGAAUUGGGCUGGGGGCCUGCACCAUGCAAAGAAGUCUGAGGCAUCUGGCUUCUGUUACGUCAACGAUAUCGUCUUGGCCAUCCUGGAAUUGCUAAAGUAUCACCAGAGGGUGCUGUAUAUUGACAUUGAUAUUCACCAUGGCGAUGGCGUGGAAGAGGCCUUCUAUACCACAGACCGGGCCAUGACUGUGUCUUUUCAUAAAUAUGGAGAGUACUUCCCAGGAACUGCAGAUCUACGGGAUAUUGGGGCUGGCAAAGGCAAGUAUUAUGCUGUUAACUACCCGCUUCGAGAUGGGAUUGAUGACGAGUCCUAUGAGGCCAUUUUCAAGCCGGUCAUAUCCAAAGUGAUGGAGAUGUUUCAACCCAGUGCAGUCGUCUUACAGGGUGGCUCUGACUCCCUGUCUGGGGCUCGGUUAGGUUGCUUCAAUGUGGCCAUCAGGCACGCCAAGUGUGUGGAGUUUGUGAAGAGCUUUGACCUGCCUAAGCUCAUGCUGGGAGGAGGUGGCUACACCAUUCGUUAUGUUGCCCGAUGCUGGGCAUAUGAAACAGCUGUCGCCCUGGACACAGAGAUUCCUAAUGAGCUUCCAUACAACGACUACUUUGAAUACUUUGGGCCAGAUUUCAAACUUCACAUCAGUCCUUCCAAUAUGACUAAGCAGAACACAAAUGAGUACCUGGAGAAGAUCAAACAGCGGCUGCCUGAGAACCUGAGAAUGCUGCCCCAUGCCCCUGGGGUCCAAACGCAGGCGAUUCCUGAGGACGCCUUUCCAGAGGAGAGUGGUGAUGAGGAUGAGGAAGACCCUGACAAGCGCAUUUCGAUCUGUCCCUCUGACAAACAAAUUGCCUGUGAGGAAGAGUUCUCCGACUCUGAUGAGAAGGGAGAAGGUGGUCUCAAGAACUCUUCCAACUUCAAAAAAGCCAAGAGAGUCAAAACUGAGGAUGAAAAAGAGAAAGACCCAGAAGAGAAGAAAGAAGUCACAGAAGAGGAGAAAACCAAGGAGGACAAGCAAGAAGCCAAAGGGGUUAAAGAGGAGGUCAAAUUGGCCUGAGCAGUCCUCUCCAGUUCUGGCUUCUUGCAAAGUGCCCCACCUUCCUCCUCUAACCCCUCAG